AAACCUCUCAUGCCGACCUCACAAGUCACAAUCCUCCCAAAAGCAAAGUAAAUGCAGACACAGAGGGAUCUCCCCCUCUUAAAGAUCCAAACGCCACACAAAUUUGAAUCCACUGAUAGGAAUGACACGUUAGGAUUCCACAUACCAUUCAAAACACCACUCCUUACGUGUAGUAUCACUCUCCACACAUUCCCCCUAACACCCACCUCUGCUCUUUGCUUGUUGCUUCUUAUUCACACAUCAAUAUUGGACCAGCUCCAACCACCGCUACUCUCUCUCUCUGUCACUAUAUGUAUAUAGGAACUGACAUGACUCAUAACUACUGCAGCUGCCGCAGAAGCUGAGAAUCAGAAGAUCAUCGAUCGUCCACCACCCAUUUCUUAUUUUCAAUCUUCCAGGAUCAUGAGGGAAGAACCCAUCACCAGCAUGCUUUGCAAGCCUGAUUUCCAGAUUCCAAAGCUUUCCUUGGGGAGGAUCGAUAGGCCUGGAGAUGACGAUGGUGAUAAUAUUGAUCAGAGGGGUGGUUCGGUACAGGUACAGGUACAGGUGCAGGUGCAGAUGCAGGAUUCUGUGAGGCAGAGGCUGAGGAGGCAUUGGAGUGAGGUGGGUGGGAAGGUUCUGAUACCUGAUAAAUGGGGGAAGGAGGAUCUGCUAAAGGAGUGGAUUGAUUAUUCUUCCUUUGAUGCGUUGUUAGCACCCAAUGGAAUUGGAGUGGCUCGUGAAGCUCUUGUAGCGGCGGGACGAGGAGCCAGCACUCAAGGGUUGAGGAUCUCUAGCAGGUGCUGAAUCUGCUGAUCAUCAUCAUCAUCAUCAUCAUCAUCACUCUUUGUGGAGUGGUGGAGUUUUUCAUGACUUCCUCUUUUUGGUUCCAUUGUCACCCCCUUUCUUUUAAUUACUUAAGUCUAAUUAGACAUAUGAAUUCGAUUCUCUUGCAUGUCUGUGGUUAUGUUACACGGUUACUGAAAUUUUAUGUUUUCCUCUCA